AUGGCCGAAGGGAUUGACGAUUUGCAAUUCCUGUACUUGCGUUCGGGGAGGUCAUUUUCCGACGGCCCUUCUUCAAACGCAGCGGUUGGGUCUCAAAGUGCUGCUCGACGAGACCAAGGACAUCAGCAAUCAGCUGGGUACGAGACUCCCAGCUGUCCCACGCCGGUGGAUAGCCCCGCCAGCGGACGAGGUAACUCGUCCGGAAGCCAUUCACAUCGCGGUGAUUCAAAAUACGCGCCACUAGGAAGCGUUGACCACCGCUUGAGUCCACCAAAGGAUGUGGUGGCGUGGGAUCACCUGAUCCGGCUCGAGGGUCGGAUCAGCUUGAUGUUCAGGAGCUGA